AUGCCGCAAAGUAGCUCUUUCUGGGAAGCCAGCGGCACUACUGCCGCGAUGUCCAAUAAUUCUCCCGACCAGCAGCGCAACCUGAAACCUUCACUACCGGACCAGAACGCCUAUUCAGCAUCUCCUUCUCAGCUCACAUUGCCCUCGGAUCUGCAAUCGAAUGCAGGGAUACCAAACCCAUAUCAGCACACCAACUAUUAUGUCCCGAACCCUCAUGAUCCGUCCGGCUUCGCAUUCCCACCACCGUCGGGGUAUAGGCCGCAACACAUUCAAGCGCAGCAUCAGCACCAGCCACAGCAGCACCUACAACAACAACAACACUCCCCGCUCAACCUGCGCAAGCGACGCGCGUCUGAGCUGGGAGAUCUCCCCGGUUCUUCCAGUAGCAAUGCGAGCGUAUUUGGGAACCCGACAGGCCUCAUGGCCGAUUUGGACCAGACGUUGGGGGGACCUUCUCAGCACCAGCCUCUGACGAGUCCAGUAGUUGCAAAAAAGGGGCGCACGAACACGCCGUGGACCCCAGCGGAAGAGCAACGGCUGAAGACCCUCCGGGACGCCGGUAGUAGCUGGAGUGAGAUUGCAAAAACAUUUCCACUGCGGACCGAGGGCAGUGUUAAGAAACAUUGGACAUGCACUAUGCAGAGUUUGCGGAAGACGARGUCAGCAAUUUCAGUGCGGCGCUGCUACAGGCCAUCAAGGACUACGAGAACAAUAAGUGGAAGGUCAUCGGGCAGAAGGUGGGCAAACCGGCCAAGGCGUGCGAACAGUUUGCGAAAGAGCAAGGCUGGAAGAUCUGAGGAGCGAUGA